AUGGAUCCCUCGGAUCACACGGGUAAACGUCCUCAUUCAUGUGCAGAGUGUGGGAAAUCUUUCACUAGUAGAAGUGGCCUUGUUAUUCAUCAGGGAAUUCACACGGGUGAGCGUCCUUAUUCAUGUUCAGAGUGUGGGAAAUCUUUCAUUGGGAAAAAGGAUCUUGUUGAACAUCAGAGAAUUCACACGGGUGAGCGUCCCUAUUCAUGUUCAGAGUGCAAAAAAGCAUUCACUUGUAGAAGAAAUCUUGUUCAACAUCAGAGAAUUCACACGGGUGAGCGUCCCUAUUCAUGUUCAGAGUGUGGAAAAUCUUUCAUUUGGAAAAGGGAUCUUGUUGAACAUCAGAGAAUUCACACUGGUGAGCGUCCUUAUUCAUGUUCAGAGUGCGGGAAAUCUUUCAUUCACAAACAGGAUCUUGUUGAACAUCAGAGAAUUCACACGGGUGAGCGUCCCUAUUCAUGUUCAGAGUGCGAAAAAGCAUUCACUUGUAGAAGAAAGCUUGUUCAACAUCAGAGAAUUCACACGGGUGAGCGUCCCUAUUCAUGUUCAGAGUGCGAAAAAGCAUUCACUUGUAGAAGAAAUCUUGUUCAACAUCAGAGAAUUCACACGGGUGAGCGUCCUUAUUCAUGUUCAGAGUGCGGGAAAUCUUUCAUUCACAAACAGGAUCUUGUUGAACAUCAGAGAAUUCACACGGGUGAGCGUCCCUAUUCAUGUUCAGAGUGCGAAGAAGCAUUCACUUGUAGAAGAAAGCUUGUUCAACAUCAGAGAAUUCACAUGGGUGAGCGUCCUUAUUCAUGUUCAGAGUGUGGAAAAUCUUUCAUUAGGAAACCCUCCCUUGUUCAACAUCAGAGAAUUCACACGGGUGAGCGUCCUUAUUCAUGUUCAGAGUGCGGGAAAUCUUUCACUCAGAAAAAAUACCUUGUUACACACCAGAAAAUUCACACUGGUGAGCGUCCUUUUUCAUGUUCAGAGUGCAGUAAAUCUUUCACUGAGAAAAUAACCCUUGUUAAACACCAGAGAAUUCACACUGGUGAGCGUCCUUAUUCAUGUUCAGAGUGCGGAAAAUCUUUCACUCAAAAAGCACACCUUGUUACACACCAGAAAAUUCACACUGGUGAGCUUCUUUAUUCAUGUUCAGAGUGCAGUAAAUCUUUCACUCGGAAAAUAACCCUUGUUAAACACCAGAAAAUUCACACAGGUGAGCGUCCUUUUUCAUGUUCAUAGUGCAAAAAAUCGUUUUGUAAAAAAAAAAAAAAAUAAUCUUGUCCAACACCAGAAAGUACAAUGUAGUGUAUGGCAGAAGGAGAGCUGUCGGAGAAUGUAGUGUGGACGGUGGGGGAGAGCUGUCGGAGAAUGUAGUGUGGAUGGUGGAGG